UCGCCUAUGUGAUACGGAGCUUCGCUGGGGGAGGAGCCGAGGUACUCGACACACGCCCCGAUGCCUCGACGCAAACCAUAACAUCACUACCUGAGAGUACACCCGUCCGCCUGUAGACAAUAAAGUGUCAUUUACAAUUCAUAAACGCACUGUUUACAAUUAUUCCAACGAUAUUCUGUUGUUUAAGAAAGAAAAAAGGAUUCUUUCUGUGGCGGGUCGAUAACUCGGAUCUCCAGGUUUCCUUUCGUUAUGCUUCCAUCACGCUGAUUUCAGAUUCGCCUGUCAUCGUGUGACCGGUGGUCUACAGUGUUUAUUAAAGUCUAGACAUCUCCGAAUGCUUUGCAACCGUUCUCCACGGGAACAAGCGUGGGCAUCGUUCAGCCCACCUGAACGUGUACAACUCAUACUUACCUGGCAAGGGAGAUACCAUGAUCAAGAAGGUGGUUCACCCAUAGCGAGGCUCAGCCAUUGCACUGAGGCUGUUGCUGACCCGUGCGAAUUCCCCAAAUGUGGGAAUCUCGAUUGCAUAAUUUCUGGUAGUGGGGGACUGCGUUCGCGCUCUCCCCUGAUCAUGUUGUUCUAAAGAAAUAAUAGCUAUGAAUGGCUUCAUCGCGCUGACUAAUGCCGUCCAUCCCACGUUUUGCAACGCUACGUUUAUUCAAAAGAUCACGCAAACGAUCACGCCCAAGCAGUGUAAUGCAUUACAUUCAGAUGUGGAACUCUGAGUCUGGAAUAACGUAGUCAUUCAUUCAUUCAUUUCUUUCAUUCAUUAUGGAUCAAAUUAUUGUUUCUGUACAAGUCCCGUCUCUGGCCACAGCAGCGCUCCCACUCAUUAUGGGUUCCUCCUGUAUAAAAGUUAGUAUGGACAAGACAAUAAUUGCUUACGGCCAUACCACCCUGAGCACGCGCGAUCUCGUCUGAUCUCGGAGGCUAAGCAGGGUCAACUCGAGCUCAUUGGCUGCAAUAGAGUUCCGGGUGUUGACGUUGUUGGGGCGGGGAAAACGUGGGCACCACCAUUUUGGCAGUAUUCGGCAGACUGGCGCUCUUGUGGUGGAGCAGACAUGGUCGAUAACUGUUGUGCACCAGGUUGCACAAAUAAACGAGGCAAAAAUAAAUGUACGUCGUUCUACCGCAUUCCUAAAGAUGCGGAGAGGCGAGCUAAGUGGAUCAGCGCCAUUAAAAGAGCCAGGAGCAAGCAAAAAAAGACUGAAAAAUGGGACCCCCCGGCUGUUGGAUUCCGCUUGUGCAGCGAUCACUUCAUAUCAGGGCCCGAAAGGACCAAGAGGUGAAAGGGGACCCCAGGGCCCUGACGGGAGGGACGGCAGACCUGGCAACCCCGGCCCUGCUGGGCCCCCAGGACCCCCUGGCCUCGGCAGAAACUUUGCUGCUCAGUAUGAUCACAACAAAGGCGCUGAUAUUGGUCCCGGCCCCAUGGGAAUGAUGGGAAUGAAAGGCCAACCUGGACUUCCCGGCCCCCCUGGAGAAAGAGUGAUAAUCCCUUGAGUCCGGACUUUGUUCCAUCUCUUUUCAACUACGUUCCAUCUCCAGAGAAGAGGAAAAGAAAAAUGAGACUGGAGGUUUUCAACAGACGACAGAGAGCAAAGCUACAGAAGAUGGAGCAGACAAAGCUAUCUGCGAAAGCCAUCCCUCCCAGAGCAUCAACAGAUUGUCCCCAAGACUGCAACAAGGAUCCUACUGCAGAGCAAAGUCCCACCACAGAGCCUUUGAAGGAAUCUACCCAUGAAGAACCUGGAAACGAUGUCCAGCCUGUUCUCCAUGAGGAGGAUCCAGCAACCCCACCAUGCACCACUGAAACCUGUGGUAAACGCGUCCAAUCUCUUGAGCAAGAAUGCCAAGCUCUGAGGACUGAAAAUAUGUUGUUGAAGGAAAAAAUGAAUAGGACUACACUGAAUGAGAUGAGCUUGCAUAACGAUGAUAAAAGGGUUCAUACUCUCACUGGUUUAUCAGCAUUCUCCAUUCUCAUGACAAUUUUUCAUAUUGUGGCUCCUUUUCUCCAACUUAAAUCUAGUUUAACAUGUUUUCAGCAGUACAUGUUAACUUUAAUUAAGCUUAGAAUGAACUUGUCCUUUGAGUUUUUGGCUUUUUAUUUUGACAUUGACUCAACCACUGUUUCAAAGCUCUUCAAACACUGCAUUAGUGUGAUGCAUUGUAGACUGGUGCCAAGUCUGGUGUUGUGGCCUGACAGAGAAUACUUAAGAAAAUCUCUUCCAUAUGCAUUUCGAAACCGUAGCUUUGAAAAGACAGUUUGCAUUAUAGAUUGUUUUGAAAUAUUUCUAGAGAAACCCAGUAGAUUGCUAGCCAGUGCUCAGUGUUACUCAUCAUACAAAUCACACCACACAAUGAAAUAUUUAAUUGCAAUUUGCCCUCGAGGUUCCAUUUGUUUCAUUUCCGCUGGAUGGGGAGGUCGCACAAGUGAUAAGUUUAUCACAGAACAAAGUGACUUUUUAUCUCAUUUGCUCCCAGGGGACGUAGUUUUAGAGGACAGAGGUUGUCUGGUUAAAGAGUCCAUUGAGAGAUGCCAAGCUGAAUUAAAAAUUCCAGCAUUUACUCGUGGAUAGAAGCAGUUAGAUCCUGCUGACUUGGAGAACACCAGACGUCUAGCCUCUCUUAGGAUACAUAUUGAAAGAGUGAUAGGAGUUCUCCGUCAAAAGUACACAGUCUUGCAAAGCACUGUCCCCAUAUGUUUCACGGACAUAGACAGGGAAAAUGAUGUGACCUACCUUGACAAGAUGGUGAGCGUGUGUUGUGCACUUACAAAUGUGUCUGAAUCUGUGGUGUCCUUCCAGUGAUGGGGAUGUACAGUAAAUUGAACUGAUGUGACUGGCUACAGAUGUGCUCAACCAGCAAAUAAACCUUUGUGACUCACACUUCUUGCUUGCUUGUCGUGACAUUAUUUUUAAUCACUCGCUAUUCUGAUGCGAUCACAUCGUUUCUCUUUGCAGAUCAAGCUGCACAUCCACCCAUUCUAACUUGAGUUCCACCCAAACAGAUAUUUGUUCUGGUGUGUUUUAUAUGAAUGACCCACCCAUGUUUCAUAUCCCUGAUUGCUAC